GCAUUUCCUGUCAUUUUUGUAAUCCCACGUGUAAACCCCAAAUCUUUCUUUUUAGUCAUCAUGGGUUUCCAGACGAAGCCCAUCAUCAUAGAUGCCAGAGGGCACUUGCUGGGUCGAUUAGCAUCCAUUGUUGCUAAAACCUUACUGCAAGGACAAAGAGUAGUGAUUGUCAGAUGUGAAGGAAUAAAUAUUUCUGGCAACUUCUACAGAAAUAAACUGAAAUAUUUGAAGUUCUUGCGUCGACGAUGCAAUGUAAAUCCAAAACGUGGUCCGUUUCACUUCAGAGCACCAAGCAAGAUCUUCUGGAGAACUGUCCGAGGUAUGUUGCCACAUAAGCUGUCACGAGGCAAGGAAGCUCUGGACCGACUGAAAGUGUUUGAAGGUAUCCCACCUCCCUACGAUAAAAAGAGACGAAUGGUCGUACCUGCUGCUCUGAAGGUGCUCAGAUUGAAUCCAUCAAGGAAAUUCUGUAAUCUGAAUCGUCUCUCACAUGAAGUGGGAUGGAAGUACCAGAAUGUGAUUGCAGCUCUAGAAGCAAAGAGGAAAGUGCAUUCAAAGAAAUUCUACGACAGAAAGAAGAACACAAUGCGUCUGCGUGAACAAGCAAGGAAGAACAUAGCCGGUAAAGCAGAGAGCCACCAGCAGAUAAUAAACAAUUUUGGCUUUGCGUGAAGACAUGUGACAUUGCUUGUACAAACUUGAAAAGAAAUAAAUGAGCGGAAAGCUUA